AUGGACCAGAAGAGGAUGAUUGUGCUCGCGGUCGUGGUUUCUCUCUGGGUGCUGAGUGCCAUCCUGGGGUUCUCCGCCGAAGGCACAAAGCUCACCUCUUCGGACGUUCUGUGGUACUACGGGCAGUGCUACUAUCCGGCUAAGCCGGCGCGGGGGCUAGGGGUCUGCGCGACCAUCUUCCUGAUAAUUGCUCAGAUCAUCUUCGCGGUCGUCGGCGGCUGCUGCGGAUUCUGCCACUCCCGCGCCAUCCCCGCCGAGAAGAACCGGAUCAUCGGCGUCGUCUGCGCCGUCGCCUCAUGGAUCGCGGCCGUCAUCGCGUUCGCGCUGCUCGCCGCGGGCGCGGCGGCGAACGCCCAGGGUUGGCGGGAUGGCCACUCGUACGGGCUGUGCGACGUCCCCAGGGGCGGCAUCUUCGCCAGUGGGGCCGUGCUCACGCUCGCCGCCAUGGCCCUAGGGAUCACCUCCUACCUCAUGCUCGGUACCCAGACGGUCGCAGCGGCCGCGCCAAAUACGGGAGCCGGCGAGCAGGUGCCGGCGGCCGCCGCGCCAAAUAAGGUAGGAGACGAGCCGCGGCCGGCGGCCGCCGCCGGGAUCGCCAUGGGGAAGCCACAAGUCCCGCAACAGCCUCGUCCUCCCCAGGAUUACGGGCAGGCGCCGCCGCCCAAGUUCACGCAGCAGCCUCGUCCCCAGGGAUUAGGACAGGCGCCGCCGCCAAAGUUCCUGCAGAAGCCUCGUCCUCCAAAGUACCAGCAGUCCUCAGCUCCUCCCCAGGUGAGCCACCACCUAGUGGACCCUACUUCGCCAACCCUCGUCGUGAUAGCGUUGCUAGAAUAG